AUGCCUGACAUUCAACUGAUCGCUGCUCAGGACAUCACAGCCCAAGCUCCCCUCAAACCAACGACAAGCAUCGUGAAGAAGGAGUGGAACGUACGCGUUUCGCCAGCCGUCGGUCGAUCUCGUAAUCCCAUUAGGGAAACUUUAGCAUCUAUAACUGCGAAUCAGCCUAGUUGUUCCAAAACACCUAUCAAUCUGGGUUUAGGUGACCCUACACAUUAUCCUCUUCACCCUCCUCCCCCUGCUGCCAUCACAGCAGUCGCGCAAGCUGCGAUAGGUGGUGGAGCCAAUGGAUAUCUGAAUGGUGUAGGGUCCACCGAAGCUAGGCAAGCAGUAGCAGACUAUCAUGAACGCUGGGAUCAAGUGAAAUACGACAUAAGCGAUAUCGUGUUGACUCAUGGUGUAGGUCAGGGUUUGGAUCUGCUCUUUUCAGUGAUGAUACCUCCCGCUUCCGUCGAGAAAUCCAACAUCCUCUUACCUCGACCUGGCUUUGCACAAUACACUGCGCUGUUGGCGAAUCUAGAUGCUGAGAUACGAUACUACGAUUGUGUAGAGGAUAAAGACUGGGAGGUAGAUCUUGAAAUGAUAGAUCAGCUCUGUGAUGAUAAUACCCGAGCGAUCUUGAUUAAUAACCCCAGCAAUCCUUGCGGAAGUAACUACAGCCGACAAGCUUUGAAGGAUAUUCUAGUUAUAGCUGAGAAACAUAAGGUUCCUAUCAUCGCGGAUGAGAUCUAUGGACAUAUGACCUGGUCAGCUCCCUUCACUCCUUUGGCCUCCCUCUCAAAUACAGUCCCAAUCAUCACUCUUUCCGGUCUCUCCAAGCGAUUCCUCGUCCCCGGUUGGCGUUUCGGCUGGUUAUGCCUUCAUGAUCCUCUUGGAAUAGCCUCCAGCAUCAAAAAUGGAAUGCAGUGCUGGGGUAAUCGGUUCAUGGGUCCUAAUAGCUUGAUACAAGCUGCUUUGCCUACUAUCUUGGCGACUGAACCAGAAUGGUAUGACGAGGUCAUCAACAAGAUUGAGGCUCUCGCCAAGAUAGUAUAUCAAGGAGUCAGUGAUGCUCCAGGUCUCAGUACCAAUUGUUCCAGCGGAGCGAUGUACAGUUUCGUAAAGAUCGAUCUAGCGGCUUUCCCAACGAUCAAGGAUGAUGUUGCGUUCGCUACUGCCCUGUACAACGAACAGGCAGUAUUCGUGCUGCCCGGACUUUGUUUUGGUAUGCCUGGAUACUUCAGGAUAGUCCUUGGAACUCCAUCGGGUGUGAUGACUGAGGUUAUCGAAAGGAUACAACAGUUUUGCAACAAACACAGUGUGAUCGAUCAAGACCAGUGA